AUGGAUAUUUCUGUUGAAUCAACACCUGUCGAUUCGGAAAGACCUAUGUCGGAUGUUGAGGAAACAACUCCAAUAGCAGUAACCGAUUUUGAAGCCUAUGCAAAUAAAAUUUUACCAGAACUUGGCCAAGAAGUUGAAGAUUUUAAAUAUAGUACAUGGACAAUUAAAAGUUGGAAGUCUUUGGAUAAAAGAACAACAGGACCUGAAUUUGAAGCUGGUGGAUGGAAGUGGCGGAUUUUGCUAUUUCCAUCCGGAAACAAUAACCCGGAUAGUGUUUCAAUUUAUUUAGACUUUGCAGAUCCAAAAGGUGCUCCGGCGGGUUGGCACUCAUGUGUACAGUUUGCUUUGGUUUUAUGGAAUCCUGAAGAUCCAACAACUUGUAUGAGCCAUCACGCACACCAUCGAUUUACAGCUGAAGAAUCAGAUUGGGGAUUUACACGGUUUUAUGACAUUCGAAAAAUGUUUCAAUCUGUUGAUAAUCGAACACGGCCAUUUGUAGAAAACGACGUAACAAACAUUACGGCGUUUGUGCGUGUACUGAAAGAUCCUACAGGUGUCUUAUGGCAUAAUUUUAACAAGUAUUUUACCUACUUUCUUUCUAUCAUUCAAAGCUUAGUUCGUAAAUAUUUUCUUUUGUUAUGGCCUUCAAUAUUUCUGUUAACCUCUUCAUACAGUUAUGAUUCAAAGAAAGAGACCGGCUAUGUCGGACUAAAGAAUCAAGUAUACCAAAUUCCAACGGAGGAAGAUGAGCCUGUCAAAAGUGUUUCCCUCGCCUUACAGCGCGUCUUCUAUCAAUUACAGACUUCAGAAACUCCAGUGGGUACGACGGAACUAACAAAAUCUUUUGGUUGGGAUUCCUUGGAUUCUUUUAUGCAACAUGAUGUUCAAGAAUUUAAUCGAGUAUUACAAGACAACCUUGAAGGGAAAAUGAAGAACACCAAAGCUGAUGGUGCCAUUACCAAGCUUUUCGUUGAUAUUCAAUUGAAUGUGAAAGGAUGCAAGACAUUAAGAGAUUCAUUUAAAGAUUAUAUACAAGAAGAAACACUAGAAGGUGAAAAUAAAUAUCAGGCUGAAGGCUAUGGUUUACAAGAAGCCAAGAAAGGUGUAAUAUUUGAAAGUUUUCCUCCCGUACUUCAUUUACAAUUAAAAAGAUUUGAGUAUGAUAUUCAAAGAGAUGCCAUGGUCAAGAUUAAUGAUCGCCAUGAGUUUCCAAUGGAAAUUGAUUUAGAAGAAUUUUUAUCUUCUGAUGCAGAUAGUGUACUUGUUCAUAGUGGUGAUUUACAUGGAGGACAUUAUUUUGCAUUAUUAAAACCUGAAAAAGAUGGAAGAUGGUUUGUCUUAAAUUGCAUAUACAUAUUAGUAACGCCCGUGACAGAUAAAGAAGUAUUAGAGGACAAUUAUGGUGGAGAGAGUACCAACAAUAGUCCACUUCAUAAUCUAAGACCUGGUUCAAGAAAUAUCAAACGCUUCACAAAUGCUUAUAUGUUGGUAUAUAUUCGUGAAUCUGACCUUGAUAACAUACUAUCACCUGUAAUUCCUGAAGAUAUACCAGAACAUUUACAAAGACGUCUUGAAGAAGAAAAAAGAUUUUAUGAACAAAAGAAAAAAGAAGCCGAGGAAAGGCAUUUAUAUGCACAAGUUAGGCUUGUUACUGAAGAUACUUUCAAAGCACAUCAAGGAUUUGAUCUUGCCAAUUUUGACGAGCGACAAUACCCUUUAUCAAAUCUUCAACCAUUAAAAGUUCUUAAAACGAGUACAUUCAAUGAUUUUAAAGAGAAGGUGGCAGCUGAGUAUGACAAAUCACCUGAUCAAAUUCGUUUUUGGGCUCUUGUCAACAGGCAAAAUAAAACUGUCAGACCUGAUGCACCAAUACCACCUGUUCAUCAUAAUUUAACGAUGGAAGACAUUUGUGUUAAAUUUGCACCACGUAUGCAUGAAUUGAGAUUAUACUUGGAGAUUGCAGAUAAAACUUUAAAUGGCAAAUGGUUCCCUGGAACAGAUGGAAAUGCUUUUAUAAUAGUAUUUCUGAAAUUUUUUGAUCCUUAUACACAAGUUUUAGAAUGCCUAGGUUCUCUAUAUAUACAAAAAUCUGAUAAAGUUGGUGAAAUUUUCCCAUUUCUAUGUGAAAAAAAGGAUCUUCCACCGAAUACACCAUUAAGUGUAUAUGAAGUAAAAGAAAUGAAACCAAAAUCAACAUUUCAACAAUCUGAAAUACAGGACGGAGAUAUAAUUUGUUACCAAAGAACUUUAACAGAAAGAGAGUACGGAAUAAUUAAAGAAAUAUUGCAUAAAAAUCGUGAUCCAAAAGAAUUUGAAUUAGUUCUAAAUAAAAAAAUGACUUAUGAUGCUGUUGCUGAAGAAGUUGGAACUUAUCUAAAUACAGAACCAUUAAAAUUAAGGUUUACUUCAGCAACAGGCGCGCCAAAAAAUAUUAUCAAGCGAACAACAACACAGAGUUUAACAGACAUGAUACAAACCACAUAUUCUAAUAAUGGAACACCGCCUUUAUUAUAUUAUGAAAUGUUGGAUGUUAGUAUUAUAGAACUUGAAACAAAAAAAUUUUUAAAAGUCAAUUGGCUUGGAACAAAAGUUAAAGACGAGGAAUUAAUUGAUAUACGUCUUGUAAAAACUGCAGUAACUAAAGAGGUAAUGGAAACGAUUUUAGAAAAAGUUACAUUAUCAGAACCUGAAGCUAAAAUUAGGAUGUAUGAAGUCACGAAUCAUAAAAUUCACAAAGAAUACCAAGGCAAUGAACCUAUAGAUCGAAUACAAGAUUAUGUAGUCUUAUAUGCUGAGGAAAUACCUAAAGAAGAACUUGAAAUGAGUUCUGAUGAUAAAAUUGUUCAAGUAUAUCAUUUCUCAAAAGAACCUUUACAUUCACAUGGAAUUCCGUUUAAAUUUGUAAUUAAAGCUGGUGAAGUUUUUACAGACACUAAAACACGACUUCAACAACGUCUUGGCAUGAAUGAAAAAGAAUUUGCUAAAGUUAAAGUUGCUGUUGUGCCAUCUUCCUCAUACCCAAAAGUAACAUAUGUAGAAGAUGAUCAAAUAUUAUCUGAAAAAAUAGAAAAAGAUGAGUAUUUAGGUCUUGACCAUGCAGAUAAAACUGGACGUGCAGGAAGGGUGGGGGGUGCUGAAAAGGCAAUAUAUAUUAGAGGAUAA